AAUCUCCAUCUUCGAAAAUAGGCAUGGGUUUUGGAAAUUCAAGAUCUGUAAGAUUUGAAGAGGAUGUUGAAUCAUCAAAGCUCCACGCAGUGAAGAAGAAGAAGGAGGUUGUUUGGAAGAGUGGAAAAUCCCUGAAAGCGAAAGUACUGUCCACAGUGUUUUCUGAGGACUAUGAGAAACAGGGGAAGAAGAUAUUAGAUCCCAGAGGGCAGAGGAUCGGGCGAUGGAACAAGAUAUUCUUAGUGGUUUGCUUGGUUUCAUUGUCUCUGGAUCCUCUGUUCUUCUACUUGCCGGUUGUAAGGGAUGAAGUGUGCAUUGCCAUUGCAGUGCAGCUUGAAGUGAUCCUCACAACUCUGAGAACAGUGGCGGAUGUUUUUUACAUGAUUCAAAUUUACAAUAGAUUUCGUACAGCUUAUGUUGCACCUUCAUCCCGUGUGUUUGGGAGAGGAGAGCUUGUUCUUGACUCUUCCAAGAUUGUCAGAAGGUACCUGCGAAAGGGUUUCUUUGUUGACCUAAUUGCUGCCUUGCCCCUUCCUCAAGUGUUAAUUUGGAUAAUUAUCCCUAACCUUAGGGGAUCCACAACGAGAAACACCAAAAACGUUCUUCGAUUCUUCAUAAUAUUUCAGUACCUGCCGAGGUUGUUUCUUAUAUUUCCUCUCUCAUCACAAAUUGUCAAGGCCACUGGUCUUUUGACAGAAACAGCAUGGGCAGGUGCUGCUUACAACCUCAUGCUUUACAUGCUGGCAAGCCACGUUUUAGGAGCUUGCUGGUACCUUUUAUCAAUCGAGCGACAGGAAGCAUGCUGGAGAAGCGUGUGCAAUAAUGAGAAGCCGUAUUGUGAAUAUGGAUUCUUUGAUUGCUCGAGGGUUGCAAAUCCUAGUAGACACUCGUGGUUCACGUCAAGCAAUGUCUCAAGCCAAUGCAAACCCCAUAAUGGGUUCUAUCAGUUCGGUAUAUAUGGUGAUGCUUUGAUAUCCGGCGUUACCACCUCACCUUUCUUCAACAAGUACUUUUAUUGUCUUUGGUGGGGCUUGAAGAAUUUGAGUUCCUUGGGACAAAAUCUUUCGACAACCACUUACCUCGGAGAAAUAGUUUUUUCCAUAAUCGUUGCAACUCUUGGGCUGGUUCUUUUUGGAUUCUUCAUUGGUAAUAUGCAGACAUACCUCCAAUCCAUGACCGUCCGAUUUGAAGAGUGGAGGAUAAAGAAAACAGACAGUGAACAAUGGAUGCGUCACAGGCAGCUACCUUCUGAAUUAAGACAAUCUGUUCGCAAGUACAAUCAGUAUGAAUGGGUGGCUACUCGAGGAGUUGAUGAGGAUGCUCUUCUCAAAGCCCUUCCUUUGGAUCUCCGAAGAGAUAUCAGGCGCCAUCUUUGCCUUGACUUGGUUCGACGAGUGCCGUUGUUCGAUCAAAUGGAAGAAAGGAUGCUAGAUGCAAUAUGUGAGAGGCUUAAGCCUGCGUUGUGCACGGAAGGCACAUUUCUUGUGCGUGAAGGCGACCCUGUAAACGAAAUGGUCUUCAUACUCCGCGGCCACCUUGAUUCCUAUACCACCGGCGGCGGGCGCACUGGGUUCUUCAACUCGUGCCACAGCGGUCCCGGUGACUUCUACGGCGAGGAACUUGUGACGUGGGCCUUGGACGCACGCUCAACUUCCAUCCUACCAUCCUCCACACGUACAAUCAAAGCCAUUACGCAAAUGGAGGCGUUUGCUAUUGGCGCGCAAGACUUGAAAUUUGUAGCCUCGCAGUACAGAAAGCUGCGCAGCAAACAGCUGAGACACAAGUUCAGGCUCUACUCGCACCAGUGGAGAACGUGGGCUGCAUGUUUCGUGCAAAUUGCAUGGCACCGGUACAAGAAACGGAAGGAAGCCGCGGCUGAGGUGAUGAGGACAAGAGAGGACGAUGCGGCUCAUCAUAAUGAUCGUGAGCCGGAGCCGCCACAACCGCAUGAGUCAGGCGCCGAGAGGCUGAGAGUAAACAACACUAAAUGGGGUGUCCUCAAGCACUCUAUUUCGAGCUGUGGGAUUGUUGGCUCAUUGCAGAAGCCGGCGGAGCCUGAUUUUUCUGUUGACGAGGAAUGAAUGGAGAUUUAGCACUUCAAAAUUUGCUUGCUUUUUAAUUUUAGUAUAUGUAUAUUUGAAUGAGAUAUAUAGUUUCCAUGCUUGAUGUUAAAACUCCCUUAAUAAUUAAACUAUUCUGUCUACAAGGGCAUUAUUGGGUAUAGGUUAGAAGCUACGUCUCUACAAAAAAUCUUUUCAGGUUUCUAUUAUUGUUGAAUU